AUGGCGACUGCUUCGGGUAUGAGCUCGCCGACUCCCUCGCGCGUGCCCGGGCUCCUCGGGUGUCGAGUUUCCCAACACAAACUGUGCAUGGCGACUCAACUCAAACUACCGGUGGUGUUCGUGCUUGCCACAUUUAUUGCGCUGCUGCUUGGGACAAGUUGUUCGAGGGCGCUAGCUGACGAGCCCCAGAGCUCUAACUCGAAAUGCACAGCGAAUUCAGGCGCGACCGUGUGUGUUUGCGAUCCAACUGACUCUACUGAUAAACAGCUGAAGGCCACCAUCUCAGGAGGCCAAACAAGAAUGGAGCUUCUCUGCAAAGGGGAAAUGACCUUCGCCCCGAAUCAGUUGUCUGACUCGAUGGUUUGCCUGGCAGCUUCUGAGGGUUUGUGCCAGUGCCAAUUGCCUGCGGUGAAAGAGGGAACGGCAUGUGUCCACAUUAAGGAUCUCCUCUCCGGGGAGGCCAGCCACGUGCAGUGGACAAAUGAGAAUAUAAAACCGGAAUCCCGCACGGACAAGUCAAUGUUCCUGAGCAUUCCUGAGGAAAAUCUUCCGUUUGCUAACAAACAAUUCAUCGUUGGCUGCACACAUGCCGACAACAAGAAAUGCCAAGUAAUCGUGACGAUCGAAGCUAAGAAGACUGUGAAACAAGAACGAAAGGUGACGUGUGCCUAUGGCAAAGACAGCAACAACAGCAAACAACACCAAACCAUCACACUCACCCCCUCGCAAAACAGCUUCACGCUCGUCUGCGGCGCCGAUGGAGACGUUCUUCCUGCCGACUACAACAGCCAUUAUUGCCCAGUCACCGAAACCCCGACGGAUGCACAAGCAUCCUGCAGCGGCAAUUACGAAUCGAUUUUCCCUGCGUAUAACUCGAACUGGUGGAAGCCGUCCGAGCCAAAGUCGUUUACGUUUGAGGUCCCGGCUGACCAGUUCCCUGAGAAGGAAGCCAAGAUUUCGCUUGGGUGCCAGCAGCAAGCGGGACCUGAGGGGCAUGUGCGCACGGCGAGUAGUGACGCGACUCAGACAAGCGUGUGUAACGUCGAUGUGACGAUUGAGGGCACUGGUCCGGCGAGCUCUUCAUAUGGUGGAUUCGCCAGUAUUUUGGUCUUCUCGACCGCUGUCACCGCAGCAGUUGCAUUCCUGAAUCAGUCCCUGUGA